AUGAGUCUCGUGCACCAUUUUUUUCACGUUAAGGGGGGUGUAACGACGAAUACGGUGAAAAAUAAUACCGGCAGCAGCGACUCUGGUACGGCCGCGGAGACCAUUCACGUUGCCGUGCAGGGGUGCUGCCAUGGAGAGCUGGACCGCAUUUAUGCCGCUUGCGCAGCGCAUGAAAAGGCUACAGGGCGCCGAAUCGAAUUUCUUUUGUGUUGUGGAGACUUUCAAGCGGUCCGCGAUGAGGUGGAUCUGCGCAGCAUGGCAGUGCCACAAAAGUACUGUGUGCUGGGCGACUUUUUGGCGUACCACCGGCGCGAGAAGCAUGCGCCGUAUCUCACACUUUUUGUGGGUGGCAACCACGAGGGUUCUGACUGGCUGGCGACAGAGUGCUACGGUGGAUUUCUCGCGCCGAACAUCUACUAUAUAGGACACUCCGGUGCUGUGAUUGUGGAUGAUUGUGUUACUGUCGCUGGAUUGAGCGGCAUCUUCAAGGGACACGACUACGCGCGGCCGUAUCCGGGCCGUCCAUUCCAUGCGUCGGAGGCGGCGAAGCGCUCCGCCUAUCACGUAAGGCGCAUUGAAGUGGAGAAGCUCAGGGCGUUCUCGCAGGCGUUGGAACGCAUGCGGCAGCCAGCGAGUUCUUCGGUGACUGCAUCCAUGGCAGGGCCUGGCGCGUCACCCUCGCGAUGCGCUGGGGAAUUUCCACACAUUGAUCUGUUUCUCUCCCAUGACUGGCCAGCGGGGAUCACAAAGUACGGGGAUGAGACGCAGCUGCUGCGCUACAAGCCUUUCUUUGAAGAAGACAUUCGGCACGGUGUGCUGGGAAACCCGCAUACGAUGACGUUGCUUCGCGCUGUCAAGCCUCGGUACUGGCUGGCGGCACACCUCCACUGUCAGUUUGAGGCCACCAUUCCGCACCAUGACGUGGAAAAUGAUGCCGCUGCCGCCGGCGUUCCGCGGGCAACGAAGUUUCUCGCACUGGACAAGUGCUCCAAGGGGAAGGGUUUUAUUGACUUCAUUGACGUCCGCGUCAGCCGUGGUGCACACUUCACCACGGAGAAAAACAGGGAACGAACUGCGAGGGAGCAGGAACGUGUGGUGCACCAUCCCCUGUGGCUAGAGGUGCUGCGAGAAACGCACGGCUUCCUGACAUCGAACAGCAACGAGUGGUCUGCUGGUUCCUGUGCCUUGUUGCGGCUCACGCCGGACGAGCUGCGGCAGCGGGGUGUUUGGCUUUUGGCUAGGAGCACGGCAUCGGUGUUGGAGGCGCUUGUGCUGCCGCCAGCCCCUUUGCAACGGCCCUCCGCGGGGGGGGAAUGGCGCCCGCCGCCGCACGCACACGAGCGCCCUGUAGCAAGAACCGUCGCCACAUCAGCAGCAUUGGCGCCGAGCGCCUGGGACUUUGCUGCCGAAGAUCUUGUCGUAACGGAAGACACGGCCGGCAGUCCACAAUUUACGGAAGGAGAGCAAGAGCUAAAAAAAUGA